AAUUACGUAAUUGUUUCGCGAUUCGAGUUUCGGAACGAUGAAAUCCGUAUGUAUUUAAAAUCGAAGUUUUACGUUAAUAAAAAAGAAAACGUGAAUUUUUUUUCAUUUUCAUAAAUUAAGAUCGAUUUGUACGUCCGAAGACGCGCGCCCUCAUCAUCGGUGCGCGUGCUCCGAUGACUCAGCCACGGAUUCAUCAUGACGUAAGUAUAUACAUCGAUGGGAUUCACAGUCAUUCCUGGCCGUGACACCGUACGAUCGCGCUCGAUAUUCGCCUCAUCAUUGCAUACAAAAGUGAUCUCAAACGCGGUGGCGCGAGCAGAUAAGAACGAAUCUUAUCAUUCGUGACGGCAUUCCGUACCGUUCUCCACCUGUCUCCAUCCACGGUACUCUCGGUACCGCGGGGUACCGCGUGGUACCACUCAGCGAACGACGACCUUGGACGCCGCUCUCACCGAUCUUGUCAUUUUUGUCCAACCUUGUCUAAUCUCGUCGCCGCGACAUCCGGACAUUCCCGGACGUCCACGUGCAUUUUGUUUAUCGAUAUGGAAGAAUGCGGCGGUGGCGCCGGCAGCGGGGCGCAUCUCGCGGUUAUCGCUGGUAUUUUUGCGACCAGUGGCAGUCUUCUCGGCAAACUCGCCGGUGGCGCUGAUGCAUCGUCAUUGCCAUCGUUGUUUCUAAAAGGAGUACUUCUCAUCUUUAUGCUCGUGUGCAACACCGUGGGAUGCACUUUUUUUGUCAAAGCGCUUCAUACCAGUGGAUCUUCUUUGCCGAUAACGGUCGCCAGUGCAGCUACAAACUAUAUUUGUUCGGCGCUCGUAGGCUCCAUCGUAUUUGACGAAUCCACUUCAUUGACCUGGUGGUGCGGAGCUUCCUUGGUACUUCUCGGCUUGAUGUUGAUCUGCAAUGUUCCCGCUGAAAAAAGCGCUUCCGUCAUCGAGGAAAAAUUGAAACAUCAAUAGCUGACAAUGGACGCUUUUAUAUUCUAAGCAAAAGCGAUUGCAGUGAUGUUACAACGGUACGAUUAUUUCCAUUUUUGUAUUAUUGACAUCGACAGAUAUAUUUAUUAUGUCGGAAAUACAUUGUA